GCCUGAGGCCGAAACACAGAGUCCCUGCUUGUCCAUGCACAGUCCUCUGUGUCCAUUCAUUACCGACGUGCUAUUCUGACCUGCGGUCAUAGUAUAUGAAUUAGUGGCUUACCGAAGUCGGAUUUUAUGCAACUGGAAUGCAGAGGCAGCGUCAGUAACGCCACAGGAGGUAACACAAAUAAUACACAAGGAGUCUGUGAGACAACGACCUGCUGCUGCUGAGUCAGCCCCUUGAAGUAGUCACACGGUCUGCACUAGUUGACCUGUCUGCUUCAACAAACCACAGUUCUGCUUUUCCUCCUUUCUAUUUUGUACACUUUUGUUGUCCCCGGGCGUCUGGAACAGGGAGCUGGAGAAAAACAAUACUUGGGACUGUGUCAUAAUGUUGAAUGGCGGGUGGUGUAGACUAGGCUGGGCUCUGACAACUAAGACUUCAUUCAGCAGAAACUCUCCAGUGCUUCUCCUUGGAAAAUGUUACCAUUUUAAAGCUGAAGAUGACAGCAGUCCCACAGAGGCCUGUUACGAAGCACCUGAUGAUGAUUUCAUCAUGGGGAAUGUGGAGGCCUUCCGGAAAGAUUUUGCAUCUCGACUUUGGCUGACCUACAGAGAGGAGUUCCCUCCGCUCCCCGGCUCCAGCUUGACCUCGGACUGUGGCUGGGGCUGCAUGCUGAGGGCCGGACAGAUGAUGCUGGCUCAGGCACUUAUUCUGCACUUUAUGGGCAGGGACUGGACUUGGUCAGAGGCACUCACCCUCCAGCCUUUAGACACAGAGACGCGGACUACAACUGCAGCCAAACGUCUGGUGGCCUCUCUGGAGGCUUCCUUGCAAGUUUCCCCCAGACAGUCGGACCCGCAGUCCUCAACCACGCCUCAAACUCGGGCCGCAGGAUCUGCACAGGAGGCAGAUGCCCAUUUAAAAGAGAUGUAUCACCGCACUCUGGUGUCUUGGUUUGGGGACACCUCUUCAGCUCAGCUGGGCCUCCACAGGUUGGUCCACUUAGGCCUGACGAUGGGGAAACAGGCGGGGGACUGGUACGGACCCGCUGUGGUGGCACACAUUCUCAAGAAAGCUGUUGAGGAAGCGAUGGACCCUGCCCUGGCGGGUAUAACUGCUUACGUCUCCCAGGACUGCACAGUGUACAGCGCUGAUGUCCUCGACAGCCACAGGGCAUCGACAGCGGGACAUGUCUCCACUGAGAGGUCAGAUGCCCCCCCUUUAACACAAAACAACCAACAAGCGUCUGCCUCCACGCUGCAGGACAGCCGGGCCGUCAUCAUCCUCGUGCCUGUGAGGCUGGGAGGGGAAAAGACAAACCCAGAAUAUUUUGAGUUUGCAAAGGUCAGAAAUAGCAUUCUGAGUCUGGAGUACUGCAUAGGCAUCAUCGGAGGGAAGCCCAAACAAGCCUGCUACUUUGUAGGGUUUCAAGACGACAGCUUGAUUUACAUGGACCCUCAUUACUGUCAGUCUUUUGUAGAUGUCAGCACCGACGAUUUCCCUCUGCAGAGUGACAACACGAUGGAGUCAGAGAUUUGUGGAUGCUGUGACAACAGGCAAAUACGAUUUCAUUCUUCAAAUCAUGCAGAAUACAACUUAUUCAGUGUAGAUGCUGCUGUGAUGCCCACCAGCUAUUCAGCCCUUCAGCUUGGAGAAUAUUUCCAGAUGUACGUUGUCUUUUUGUCUAGUCGUAUCAUUGCCCAUCGCCAAAGAAGAUGCCUUUCAGCAAGAUGGACCCAAGCUGCACUAUCGGUUUUUACUCCAGAAGUGUCCAAGACUAUGAGCGAAUCACUCAGGAGCUGUCCAAGGUGCUGCAGCCAACAGCUAAGGACAAAUACCCAGCGUUCACUUUUGUGGAAGGUCAUGGCAGAGAUUAUGAACUAUCAGCGGGCCUGACCCCGGAGAAGAGGGAAUGGCCCUUCAUCCGUGACCCAAAGAGGACGCUCAGCAUGGCUGGAGACUUUGUGCUGCUAUGACCUCACUGGGGAGUGAACUUCCUCAUUUUAAAGAAUGAAACUGCUCAGUAUCUAGAGUCUGGAAAUGCUGUGACACUGAAGGUCAAACUUAAACUUUAUAAACCACAGCAAUUUUAUUUAUACAUCCUGGAAACUUUGUUGCUGGGCAGUUUUACCCAUAACCGCUAUUAAGCUGCUGGAUGUAUUUGUUGCCUGUUAGGAAGUCUUUAACAUCUGUGGUGCUCUGCUGCUCAUUCACUCCCCUAAAACACAGAGCAUCCAGAGGAAAACUCCACUCACACCGCUCUUUGUAUUCAAGGCACCAGAUCUGGGAGGCUUUAAUGAAGGAUUUGUCUCAGACCUUACAUGUCAUUAUGAAUCUCUGAUGAUUUCAAAUGCAGUGAUCAAUUUAGCAUUUCACUUAAUCAGUUACCUUAGUUUUUUUUUUUUCUUUUUUAAAGAACAGUGUUUAAAAGCGGUAUUUAAUAUGAGUUAAGGACUAGAAGUAUCAAAUGAAGGAACUAAUUUCAACAAACAGGAUAAAUUCUUAAUUUGUCUGAAAUACUUGAAUAACAGGAGGCUCUUCAUUAUUUAGUUUCUUUGUUUUUAUUGAACCCAGAGCUCAUGUCUUUCUAGCAAUAAUGUAUUACGGUGUUGGGUGAUGGCGUGGAUGUUUCCACGAGUGUAGAUGUGAGUGAAAUUAAUUCAUGCGUCACCUUUAAUGUGACAAAUGACGACGGAGAAGUUUGUCAAAAAAAUUAGUGUUCUUUGUUUAGCACUAUACGUUAAUUUGACCUCACAAUAGACUUAAUGACACUAUAUAUAUCUAACAGUUCAAUUCACAGUAAUGCGGUGUACUGGUAGUAAAGAAGAAUGAGUUAGAGAUAAAUGUUAUUAACUGUCUAAUCACUGGGAUUUUCAUGUUCUCAACCGAACUCUAGUUAAGUAUUUUACAAGUGUAUUUUUUUAUACAAAGGAGGGUUUUCUUACAUUUCUAGAUAUUUUUUGUUAGUUUUUUUUUUCACUGAAGCUCAUCAGAAUAUGCAACUCGUGCAUUUAUCACAGUAUUCCAACUGUUGACGUGCUCCUGCAUCUCUGCUCAUAAAAGUUAACAUGCAAAUGUUAUAUUCGCAAUGUAAGAUUAUUUUUACACGUCUGGGUAAAACACUGACUACUGCACCUACAUGGAGAAUGUGAAGCUCCUCCAGUUGAAUAAAAAAUCGUUUGCUUCAUCUUGGGCGCGUGAUACAAACCUCAGUGGUGUGUUGAAAUGUAUUCAAUCCCUUCCUCUCCCAGUCAAAUGUAGUAGAUUAAAACUAAUCGUACGUGCUAACCAUCUCUACAGCCCAUUAAACAGCGACUGGAAAAAAUGUGA